AUGGCCCUCUCCACACUCGCAGCCUCCGCGCUGGCCGGGGUCUUCUCACACAUUGUCUACUUCAAGCAGGGCGAGCACCACCUUUACGGCCUCUUCUACCUCAAGCUCCUCCUCACGGCCAUCCCCGCAGCAACACUCCUCCUCUCACGCACUCAAUCAACCCCCUGGACAACCGCCCUCCCCCUCGUCCUCAAACUCCUAUCUUCCUACCUCGCCGGCAUCUACACGAGCACCCUCCUCUACCGUCUGCUAUUCCACCCCUUGAACAAAUUCCCCGGCCCUCUCCCGGCCCGACUCUCGUCACUAUGGACACCCACCCAACUAACCAACAACAACAUGCACACCACCCUCCUAAAUUGGCACAAAAGAUACGGCCCAAUCGUCCGCAUCGGAGCAUCCGACCUCUCAAUCGCGCACCCAGACGCCCUAGAAAUAGUCUACGGCACCCACACCCGCUGCACAAAGGGACCCAUGUACGACGUCUCCUACCCUGCCACAGCACUCCAGCUCCUGCGCGACCCCGAAGCGCACCAUCUCCGCCGCCGCGUCUGGAGCGGCGCAUUCAGCGACCGCCUCCUCCGCGGCUACGAGCUGCGGAUCCGGAAGUACCGACGUAAACUGCUCGAGCGGAUCGAGGAGAUGGCUGAGAAGGGCGAGGCCGUCGAUGUGACCAAGUGGUUUAAUCUGUACUCGUUCGAUGUGAUGGGGGAUUUGUCGUUUGGGCAGGGGUUUGAGAGUCUUGAGCGGGGGGAGGACCAUUGGGCGAUGAGGCUGCUGACAGCGUCGGCGGAUGCUGUUGGUCUGAAUCUGCCGGCUUGGGCGUUUAUCCUGAUUGCGGCGAUUCCGGGGAUUAUGGGGGAUUUUUGGAAGUGUUUGGACUUUUGUGGGGAGAGGUUGUUGGAGAGGUCGAAGAAUGACCCCGUAAUCCCAGACGUCAGCUCGUCCUUGCUCGCUCCGCUGAAAGGACGGGACGUAACCAAUCUCACGCCUGAUGAGAAGAACAUGCUAUACGGAGACGCACGCUUGAUCGUCAUCGCUGGAAGCGACACCACAGCCGCCACCCUCUCAACAAUCUUCUACGAGCUCGUCCGGCACCCCGAGCACAUCACCAAGCUCCGCGCCGAGCUGGAGCCCAUCUACGCCGAGAACGACAACCCGAGCAAAACCGAAUUCCUGCACUCGAAAAUCGCCCAUCUCGAGCACCUCAACGGCGUCAUCAACGAAGCGCUCCGUCUCCACCCCGUUGUCCCAUCCUCAUUGCAGCGCAAGACACCACCCGAGGGCAUUUUCGUCGAUGGAGUCCAUAUCCCGGGGAAUAUGCACGUCUGGUGUCCGCUGUAUACGAUUGCGCGGUCCGAACUAGCCUACGCCCAACCGCACGAAUUCAUCCCCGAGCGCUGGUCCACCAAGCCCGAGCUCAUCCGGCACAAGGGCGCCUUUGCGCCGUUUAGUCUUGGUCCGUCUCCGUCUCCGUCUCCCUCCCCUUUUCCUCCCUCCCCUCUACUCUACACCCCAUACUCAUCCAACACCCACUUCCAUUCUAACAAUAACACUGCUCCCAGGCCACUUCAACUGCAUCGGCCGCCCCCUGGCGCUAAUGAACCUGCGCGUAACCCUCGCGCAACUGAUCAUGGAGUUCGACGUGGAUUUUGCGCCGGGCGAAGACGGAAGCAGGUUCCUGGCGCAUGCGAAGGAUAA